GGCUGAAGAGCCGCCCGAGGCCCCCCUCAGCCCAGGGUCCACCACCCAACACUUGAAAAGUGCUCUGGAGCUCCUAUGUUCUUCGCCAAGUGGCACCCGUCCACGAUUCCGAUCCUCACCAAAGAUUAAGACACGGAAGAACAGCACAUAGAAAAGUAAAUAAGGAAACCCUGUCAGCCUGUACUCCUAUACUGUACAUCCUACAACCUGUAACCUGUGCCUGUACCUCCAGGCUUUACCGGAACCAUUCAACACCUGGCACCCCACAUUUCACCACAAAGACACGAAAACACGAAACCAUUGCCAGACAAUUUGUGUUCUUUGGCACGACUUUGAAUUACACAUCAUCUCAUCCCAUUUCGACUCUACCAGUUUCAUCUUCAAACUGUCACCAGCCCAACGAUUGUUGCCCGUUUUCGACUUUCUACAAAGCCCCCAAGUUUCCAGCGCACAAAGCAGCUUCUGUCACUCUCACUCGAUCAUCUCUCAUUUCUCGCCCAAAACAACAGAGACAUUCUUUUGAUCACAUAUUUCAGUCUACUCACCAUGUCGCACAGUCACUCCUCGUCGUCAUCAGAUGACAUGUCCAUGGUCAUGGUCUUUACAACUUCCCACCACACACCAUUGUACGCCAACUCAUGGACCCCCGAGUCCGGCGGUGCUUACGCUGGCACCUGCAUUUUUCUUCUGGUCUUGGCCAUGAUUUUCCGCUCCUUGUUGGCACUCAAGACGAUUCUCGAGUUCAGAUGGUCAGCAUCGGCUCGACAACGACGAUUCGUUUUGAUCAAAGGGAGGUCUACGGAGGCAGGAAGAAUUGACCAAGACCUUGAUGCAAAGUCUGGGUCGUUGGUGACGGCCCAAGGGGUGGAAGAAAACGUCAAGGUGGUCCAGGCACAAUCCAAACACGUCCUACCAUUUCGAUUCUCGGUUGAUCUUCCACGAGCCAUUCUCGUCACCGUCCUCGUCGCUGUCUCAUAUCUCCUGAUGUUGGCGGUCAUGACCAUGAACGUUGGCUAUUUCCUUUCCGUCUUAGCCGGUGUCUUCAUUUCCGAACUUGCUGUGGGACGGUAUCUGAAUAGUGACGAGCAUUCGCAUUGAGAGAAUUGAGAGAAUUGAGAGAAUUGAGAGAAUUGAGAGAAUUGAGAGAAUUGAGAGAAUUGAGAGACGAUACAAACAUGAUGGUACGGGUUGGGAUUUAGGGGCAUGGCGUUGGCACGUGAUAUCCAGGGCAUUAUCUUCAGCGAGAUGCAUCGACACCAACACAAGGGUUGAACUUGUCUACUUACGGAGUAGCUUUCCAAUAUCAUUUUUAGUUGCCAAUCCUUUUUCUCUGCACUGGUUGAUCUUGUCUGAACAACAACU